UGGUUAUUCAAAGUUAUUUUUUUUUUCCAAAUCCAAUAUUAUUUUCUUUAUGGGCUUCAUCUUGGUAGUAAUAUGGCAAUAUAUAGAUCUAGAAAUGUAAGGUUUUCUUUGGACUUGGGGUAAAAUAGGUUUGGAUUUAAACACAACUUCCAGCCAUCAUUAGAAGGUAUGUCAAUAAUACAAAGUCUAGACUCUCGGGGGACGACAGGACGGAGGAGUCAAACUACUCAGGUACCAUUCAGCACUGAAUUUACCAAGAUGCUGACAAAGAGCAGUCCACGCUUUGGUGCCUUGAGUCAUCACUCAUUUUUCUCCCGACACAACCCUCAUCCACACAGGGUGAAGCACAUUCAAGGACUCAACGGUAGGCCCGUUUGCAUGGUGAGAGAUGAUUGGUUUGUCACCUCAUCAUUAUUUCCUCAUCCACUUCUCAAGGGCCACGUCCUCAGGAAAGCAGUGGACACAUCUUUUGGUUUUCCGCUUGCUCAGAAUCUUAAUGGAGUUCGUAAAAACAAAUGUGCACUAUUUUCUGAGGCCUGGAGAGAUGAACUUAAAGAACUCGCUGCAAAAAUCAGCUCAUCCUCUCAAGCACAAAAGGACAAAAAAGAGGACCAACCACAGGAAGACUUUGCCCGUCGAAAGACGCAAUAUUCAGCUGAAACUGGGAGAAUCAUCCCUCCACCCAGCAAGUCUUAUCAGCGCAGACCCCUUUCCCAGCACCUGAUUUAUCCUCAGCCCUUCCAUGACCAAGAACUCAUGGUGUUGGAGCUACUUUGUCAGAUCCUGCAGACAGAUUCCCUGUCCACAGUCCAACAGUGGCUUCUGCUUGCAGGCCAAAGAGAGAAAGACCUGGUGAUGGGGAUGAUCAAACAAGCACUGGAUGGUGUCGACCUCUCAGGCCAUCAUCAGCAGAACCUCCAGCAGCUCCAGGCUUUUCAUCCCGGAGCACCUGCGUCUGCACACAACCUGCCGUGGAGGAAACCACAGAGAACAUGCUCAUACAACGGGAACCGAACUUCCAGCUAUGACAAACCAGAGAGGUUUGGAGAUGCAGAGGUCCUUGAAGUCCAUGCAGAAGCUCAGUGUCAUCUCCAAGAUGAUCCACUUCCGAAUACAGAUAGUGUAUAGAGUUUUCAUUAUGGCAAUGGAUGUGUUACGGUUUCCUUAUGAGAAUUUAUUGGCUCUCUUGUUUAUUGCUUGUUAGCUUUAUAGAUGAUUCUUACUAUAGAAACAUUUAAUAAGAAGAGCUCAUCAGAUUAGUUUUCAGUUACACAAUAUACUGUAGAUGUGAUAGUGUGGAUGGUAUUACAUAAUUGUAUAUCAGCUGAAGGAUCAUGUUUUGAAACUGAGAAAAGCAGCAUGAUGAGUAACAUGUAAUCUCGUUUGAGGAGAAAUACAAUUUAAUAUUAGAUAUUAAGAAUUUUUUGUGCAUCCAAACAAAAUGUAAAACUAAAAUUAAACAAACAGUUUGAUACAUACAUCUCCUUUUAACAGAUUUACAGGCUUUAACCCCAUUUUGUGAUUUUAUACCUCAGAUUACUUCUUUCCCCAUUGGGAAUGCAUGAAGUUGUUAAGUGACAGGCACCACUGAUAUCAACUGGUGCUAUUGUUAGUGUCCCUUGCUAACCGCACAUGAAUCUCCAGCUGACCAGAUUAGCUUCUUUCCUUUGAAAAGAGGUAAUGACACCAGUACUCGAGGGCAUACUUAUAUGACAUAGAGAUGUAGAAACUGAUUAUUUGCCUGAGCUGUAGCUUGAAUUCAUAAAUAAUUCAUGGACUAUAUUUGCAUCAUUCUAUGGUAGCCCCUCUAUUGUGGAAAAAUGUUUUUUUCAGAAUCCAACCUAUUGUAUGAGGUCUAGAUUCUGUAAAAUCAAGAUUAGGCUGAUUUAAUUAUGCAGUAACAGAAUGAAAUGUCACAGUAUCACGUUAUAUACAGAACUGACUCAAACUGCCAUGCUAGUGCAUGUGUGUUCUCUUUGAACAACGUAAAAUUCACAAAAAAAAGAAGAAAAAAAAAAGAAAAAAGUUAAUACCAAUGUCUACAGGAAAAUAAUGGAUCUUGACUGACUUGAGAGAACACAUAUGUUGAAAAAGGUGACAUUCAGUUGAGGGCACUGACAUGUUUAAAAAGUCAGGUGUGAAAAGCAAAUCGAUGCAUGGCAGAGAGAAGUCAAGCCUGUGACAGCAAGAGCAGAUGGCAAGUCGGCUGGAGAAUCAGGUAUUUUCUUUUUCACAUGGAUUAUGACAAUGUGGCUGCAGAGGGAGAAGGAGUAUUCCGAUACAUUACUUAAGUACAUGUAGAAAAAACACAAUUAAAAAAUACUUCAUCACAAGUAAAAGUGAGUACUGAAAUGUGUAUGAAUAUGAUAACUAAAAUUUCUUAUUAUGGCGCACAGGAGCUCCUGUUAUAUGUUAUAUAUGUUACAUAAUUGGAUUAUUAAUGAUGCAUUAAUGUGUAAGCAGCUUUCUACUUUUGUAGUUAGCCCAGGCGGAGCUACUUUUAACUACACAGUGUAGGCUAACUAUAGCAGAGUAACAAUAGCUUUCAAAUAAACAUAGCGGGGUAAAAAGUACAGCAAUCCCCCCAGAAAUGUAGUCAAGUAGCAGGAUAAGGAAAAAUAGAAAGGUAAAGUACAAGUACCUCAAGUUUGUACUUAAUUGGUACUUGAGUGAAUGUACAUUCCACCACUGAGCUACUGUUACACACUGCAAAGUAAUGUUUAAAUAUACCUGAUAAAACUGAAGAGACAGUAGAGUGUACUGAGUGUACUAAUCUUUCUCAUUUAAAUGAGGAUGGCACAGCAAAUGACUUCUUAAAGAAACUGAUAAGAUAUUGAAGACAGACAGCAACAAUCUUAACAUUGAUAUCAGGGAGUCACAUCUCUUCCAUUUCUAUGAGAUUUUGUUUUUUUCAUGAUUUGGUGUGAUAUCACAUCACUCACUUUGUGGAGUUUACAGCAGAGAGUUAUAAUUUACCUUCCCUCAUGAAUGUAGCUAAUCACAGUCACCUAUAAGGCACAUUUAUCCUUCUUUCACAUGCAAAUCUUGUGUCUGGAGCUCAUAUGAAUUUUGCAUUUGAUAAUUCAUACCAGACUAUAUGUCAUGGACAGACAGCAAGUGGGCACUUAACCAAGAACUGCUGUAGCUCUGCUUACUGUAACUGUAGAUGGACAUUUUUUACACAAUUGUUUUAUUUGUCUUAUAAAGUUAUAAAUGUUU